UCAUGGCGGCGACAAUACUGUACAAUAUGUGAAACUUGGGUGCCGACACAAACAGAUUUUGGUAGGAUGCAGGUAGCGGAAAUUAGAGUUAUCAGAAUAGUCAAAGGAUAUACGAAAAGAGACUGGAUCAAAAACAAAGGCAUAAAGAAGAACUUCAUGUAGAGACCUUAAAUAUAAAAAUAAUUGAAUACCGUGUGAAAUGAAUAGAACACUUAUCAAGGAAGGACAAUACCAGAUUACCAAAAAUUGCUUAUAACUAUAACUCCAGGGCAAGACGAAACUUGGGACAACCCAAAAAACCGUGGAGAUAUUUGUGAACUCGGAAUAGGCAAUUAUGCCUAUCCCAUGAAGUGGAGAAGAAGAGGAAGAAGAAGACGGUAUUUUCCACAUUGUUUAUUACUGUGAUAUUUCCGAGCGCCACCGUUUGCUGAGUGAGGUUAGAGCAAUCUACGUUGCGUCAUACUCCAUAUGGCUGAUGUUUGAAAUGCUGAUGUGUAUAGCAGUUGUGUUUAACGCUAUUUAUAUUGUGCUUUAAAAUAAAGUAUAUCGGUGAAAAAUGCCUGGAAGUGUAGCUAUCGUGAACGGCAAUGCCGAAGCCAUGGAAAGUGAAUCAGGCCAAGGAGUAGGACCUCCGAAGACAGCAAAACAGUUAGAAAAAGAAGCAAGAAAAUUAGCAAAACUUGAGAAAUUUAAACAGAAGCAGGAUAAGCAAAGGGAUCCACCAGCCCAAACGAAGGAAAAAUUCGAGAAAAAGGAAAAGAAACUGGAAGUGAAAGAUGCAGCAUUAUACACCAUUCUAACAAGAGAAGGAGAAAAAAAGAAUGUCACGUGUCCUAUGCCUAAUGCAUAUAGUCCUCAGUUUGUUGAGGCAGCAUGGUACAGUUGGUGGGAGAAGCAGGGGUUCUUUAAACCUGAAUAUGUGAGUAAGAGUGUGUUAGAACACAAUCCCAAAGGGAAGUUUGUGAUGGUGAUUCCUCCGCCAAAUGUGACUGGUUCAUUACAUCUUGGCCAUGCCCUGACAAAUGCAAUUCAGGAUGCUCUUACUAGAUGGCAUCGGAUGAAAGGCCGUACAGUUCUCUGGAAUCCAGGCUGUGAUCAUGCUGGUAUUGCAACACAGGUUGUAGUUGAGAAGAGACUGUGGAGGGAAGAGAACAAAACCAGACAUGACAUUGGGCGAGAGAAAUUCAUUGAAAAAAUUUGGGAGUGGCGUAGACAGAAGGGUGACACAAUCUAUAUGCAGUUGAGGAAACUGGGCUCCUCUUUUGAUUGGUCAAGAGCCUGUUUUACUAUGGAUCCAAAGUUGUGUAGAGCUGUGACAGAAGCCUUUGUCCGGUUGCACGAGGAAGGGGUUAUUUAUCGCAGUAACAGACUUGUGAAUUGGUCUUGCACAUUGAAGUCUGCUAUUUCUGAUAUUGAGGUGGAUAAAAUAGAGUUGAGUGGACGUUCCUUACUCUCAAUCCCAGGCUAUGAAGAGAAGGUGGAGUUUGGUGUGUUGACAUCCUUUGCGUAUAAAGUAGAUGGUAGUGAAGAUGAGGUGGUCGUGGCUACCACACGUGUCGAGACUAUGUUGGGAGACACGGCUGUUGCAGUGCAUCCUGAUGACCCGCGUUACAAGCACCUGCAUGGAAAAUUUGUUGUACAUCCUUUCUGUGACAGGAAGUUGCCAAUUGUGUGUGAUGAGUAUGUGGAGAGGGAAUUUGGCACAGGUGCUGUGAAAAUAACUCCUGCACAUGAUGCUAAUGAUUAUGAUAUUGGUAAACGUCAUAAUCUUCCUUUUAUUACUAUUUUUAGUGAUGAUGGAAAUAUCAUCGGUGAUUAUGGAUCAUUUUCUGGUAUGAAAAGGUUCCAUGCACGUAAAGCCAUAACUGAUGCUUUGAAAGAAAGAGGAUUAUAUCAGGACACUGUAAACAACCCAAUGGUGGUUCCAAUAUGUAGCAGAUCAAAAGAUGUUGUUGAACCACUCAUCAAACCACAGUGGUAUGUAAGAUGUGAUGAAAUGGCAAAAUCUGCAAAAGAAGCUGUAAGCAGAGGUGAACUGAACAUCAUUCCUGAACACCACAAAAAAAUAUGGUUCCAUUGGAUGGAUAAUAUUAGAGAUUGGUGUGUAUCAAGACAGCUGUGGUGGGGGCAUAGAAUUCCAGCAUAUUUUAUUACUGUGGAUGAUCCUUCCAUUCCAGCAGGCAAUGAAAUAGAUAAUGAAUACUGGGUCAGCGGACGUAACAGAGAAGAAGCAUUGGAAAAAGCAUCCAAGAAAUUUGGAGUUCCAAGUUCAAAAAUAUCACUUAAGCAGGAUGAAGAUGUCCUUGAUACGUGGUUCUCCUCAGGCCUGUUUCCAUUCUCAAUAUUUGGCUGGCCAGAUGAGACGGAAGAUCUUGAAGCAUUUUAUCCGGGAACACUAUUGGAAACAGGACAUGAUAUUCUUUUCUUCUGGGUGGCUCGGAUGGUGUUCUUUGGGCAGAAACUCUUGAAAAAACUUCCGUUUCGGGAAGUAUAUCUCCAUCCGAUUGUUCGAGAUGCUCAUGGUAGAAAAAUGAGCAAGUCCCUCGGAAAUGUUAUUGAUCCAAUGGAUGUGAUAUCAGGUAUCACUUUAGAGAACCUGCAUCAACAGCUUCAUAGCAGUAAUCUGGAUCCAAAAGAAAUUGAAAAGGCUAAGGAGGGACAAAAACAAGACUAUCCAAAUGGCAUACCAGAAUGUGGUACUGAUGCUCUGAGGUUUGCACUUUGUGCAUACAUAUCACAAGGCCGGGAUAUCAAUUUGGACAUCCUUCGUGUUCAGGGAUAUCGAUUCUUCUGUAAUAAAUUAUGGAAUGCAACAAGAUUUGCCCUUAUGUAUUUGGGUAAUGACUUCAAACCUAAUCAGAAGAUUGAGAAUGGAAGUUUUGGAAGCACACACGAGAAAAACAAAUGUGUAAUAAACUCAUCAGGCUUGAAAAAUAUUGAAUCAGUAGUUUCAGAAUGCAUGCAGCAUAAAGAUUUGUUGCAGUCAGAUGAAAUUCAGGAAGUUCUGAAUUUGUACUUUGGAGAUCACAGCUACUUGGAUGGGUUCACCCCGUCGCAUGCUGAUGUUGUUGUAUUUGAAGCUUUUGGAAAUAGUGGCGUGUGUAAUGCAGGCAUAAUAGACAAGUAUCCACAUUUGCAAAGAUGGCUUAAGCACAUUGGCAGUUUUGGUGAAGAUAGAAGCUGCUUCAGAUCAUCCGAAUUGGCAAGCAGAUGCAAGGUGGUUGGGAAUGAGACAGCAAUGGACCUGUGGAUGCUCAGUCGCAUAUCAGUAGCAGUAGAACAGUGUAAUAAAGGAUUUGAAAAUUAUGACUUUGCAAUGGUUACUACGGCCUGUUACAAUCUUUGGUUGUAUGAUCUUUGUGACGUAUACCUAGAGUACUUGAAGCCAGUGUUUCAAAGCAAGGACAGUACAGCCAUAGUUACAGCUCAGACAGUCCUGUAUAAGUGUCUUCAUGUGGGACUUCGCUUACUCUCACCAUUCAUGCCCUUUAUUACAGAAGAACUAUUUCAGCGGCUUCCCUACUCAACAGAACAGCAUUCUAGCAUCUGUAUUGCACCAUAUCCUGAUUUACAUGAGUGUCCAUGGAAAAAUACUGAAAUUGAAUCUGAAGUUGAGUUUGCACAGAAGAUUAUCCACAUUGUGAGGUCUGCAAGGUCAGAUUACAAUCUUCCAAACAAGGUCAAAACUGAAGCUUACAUACUAUGUUCUGAUGAUAUGUCUACAAUUAUGUGCAAAUACCAGUCUGCUGUGUGUACCUUGGCUUAUUGUUCGAAAGUGGAAGUUUGUGCCUCUCCACCACAGGGCUGUGCUAUACUCACAGUGUCAGACAAGUGUGAGGUGCACUUAUUACUAAAGGGACUUAUUGAUCCAGCCAAAGAACUACUGAAACUUCAAAAGAAACAAGACCAACUUGAACAACAAGUAAGCAAAUUGAAGCAGGCAAUGGCUGCACCAGACUACAGUAUCAAAGUCCCGGAGGAAGUGCGUCUGACCAAUACUGACAAGCUGACACAGACAGAAGGAGAACUGGUGCGACUCAUAUCUGCUAUGACUGCACUUAAAACCAUGCAGUAGUGUUACAGUAAAAGCGCUUCAGUCACUUCUGCAUUAUAAAAGUAUUAUUAGUCUAUGGAACUAAUACAGAAGCUUUUUGCCUCUGCAGAACAGAUGUGGUUCCUCUGCAAGAUGUAUCAUGUAGCAAUCAUGACACUGCUCUCUUGUACAAAUGUCUUUUUCGUAGAUAGUUACGGAUUUCACCUAGCUUUCUUUAACUGUUGAACACUCCCUUUAGGUACAUUUAAUGUUUAAGUUAUAAGGAUUAACAUAAAUCUGCGAAGCUCUAUUACCCAUAGGUACAGUCCGUGUGGAACUGUAGACGGAGUUAAUUUUAUGUUCCUGUACUGGUAUUAUUCUGAAGAGAACUUUAAUGGAGAAAAUUUUACACAAGCAUAAUAGGCUUGAGAUUGUACAAGGAAUUAACUGUAUGGAGCACAGUCGUUGUGAAGCACGUACUGUACUCAGUUAGUCAAGUAAUGGCCCACCUUUUACGAAACCCAGAGGUUUGAUAUUACUGUGAUCACAAGAGUCCGCUACCAGUCCUCAUUCUGACACAGAUGAAUCCAGUUGAUGCUCCCACCUAAUUUUCAUAAGAACUGUUUUAAUAGUAUCCUCCCAAAUAUGCCUGGUUGAGAUUUCAUUCUUGAAUAUAAAAUGAAAAUCUUCUGUUUGAGGACAUCAGAUGAGGUAUGAGUGUCGCAUAAUGUUCAUAUUGACAACUGUGAGUGCCAGAGGAUGUCGACCUUCUCUUGAACAGAUGCUGUAACCUGAAUACAAAAUAUGCAUCUUUCGUUGAUGAGUGUUAUUCAAACAAUACAGAAAUAGGUAAGGAAACGUUAGCAUAGUGGAAUAGUUAUGGCACAUUUUCCAGAAUUUAAUCUUUAUGAAUGGUUGGGGAAUUCUGCAGCUGGGAUUCCCCACACAGGAGGCCCUAGGUGCAGAAUUUGCCCACUCAGAUGUCACUUCAGAUCACAGACGUCUUCUAGGCAGACUCAAAUCCCUUCUACAUCAGGCACCUGCAGUGAACACUUUUGUGUUGCUAACUCGAGAUCUCACCUACAAAUAAAUUGUAGAUUUCUGUCUUCUGGGUUGUUGCGCUGUGUAGUCUGGUCGAUGCUAACCAACGUUUCGGAGGUCAUACUGCCUCCGUCAUCAUACUCAUCGCCCUGAUGACGGAGGCAAUAUGACCUCUGAAACGUUGGUUAACAUCGACCAGACUACACAGCGCAACAACCCAGAAGACGGAAAUCUUCAUAUUGACUGCUGUGAAAACAUCAAAUCUUACUUAAAUAACAUGUAGUAUCAAGCCAAGGGAGGAAGGGUAAGAUUAGAAAGAUUUCUGGUCAGAGGCAGAAGGGUGUACAAAAGAAAGAGCAAAACCCAGAACCAGAAAGGGAAUGAGCCUAAAAAAGAGAACCACUAAAGUAUUUUAAAGUCCUGUCAAAAGAAGUAUAAUGCCAGUGACUGUACUGAACACUGCAAUUUGAUAUCCUGAAUUAGUCAGUGGAUCUUAAUAAUUUUAUGAAGAAGUCUGGCUUUUUGCAUUUGGUGCAGAUGAAAUCUGACCAUUCACCUAAUAAGAAUCUCGCUGUGGCAGUAUAGUCGGGUAUGGCAGAAAUUAUACUCUAAAGGUUUAGGUUAAAUUCUUUUGUUGUGGACUGAGGUGUUAAAUAUGAGUGAUCAGUGCAGCUGAAUGGACUUUAAAUCCAUUAAUUACCCAAUUAGGUGAACUGAAUGUAACUGUUACGAAACUGGUGUCUUUAAAAGUAAUGAUGUUUGUAUAAAUGAGCAUAUGCUUGAAUGCAAAGGAAUUGUGACUUUCCCGAUUGUCUUCACAGUAUACAUUUUAAAACUGUAGUAAUCAUAUUUAAUAUUAAAUUAUUUGAAGUAAACCAUUUCUUCUUUAAGGAACCCUCGUAUGUAACCUGACCAAAAUAAACAUGCAUUUUCCACUGU